AAUGGAAAUGUUUGCAAAAAUUUUUGUGCUUUAUGCAAAACAACAACAACAAAAACUAAAAAGCUGAUUCCUCCUAAGAAAACAAAAUGGUAGGCACAAGUGGGCUGACCUGAAAGGCUAGCUGCUUCCCUAUAUCUUCCAGUUUGUAACUACACACACUUGGGUGUCUCUCUGUUCUGCUUGUUCUUUUUGUGCAUCAUGUCAUCAUUACUGUUACCAUUAGUUCACUUGACUGUAAACAUUCUUUAAUUUAUAUCAUUACAUUUUAUCUUUAAGAAAUUUAUAUACCAACAAGUUUUGUAGUGUGUCAUUUUUGGUGGUCACUAUUUUAUUUUCCCACUGACACAGCUCAUUGUGGAAACAAUUAUUUUUUUUCAGGAUAUUUAAUUGUUGUGAGAAAUUAAGUUAAAAAGACGUCCCAUGUGCUCUUCAAAAUUCUAUUUUGGAAAUAAUUUUCCUUUUUAUCGUUUUUGAAAAAUACAAUUCUUGAAAAAAGAUGACAAAUGCAUUUAACGUUACAUCGAGUUAUAGCAUCGUUACCACAUUUUUAACUGUCAAUAUUAUUCAAGAGAGAAAUUUACAAAAUGUAACAUGAGUAUCCAUAACUUCUACAAAGUGUAUUUCUUUCUGAAUUAAAAUACUGGUACUAAAAAGAAUAAUAAUUUGUGUUAAAUUAUUCAAUUUUUGUUUAUUUUGUACGAUAUAAUGUAUAUAAAGAAAUCUUUUUUUUUAAUUAUUUCUACAGUCUUAAUGCAUUUAAGCCUAAAUGGUGAUAAUUUUAGAAUGUGGAUACAUGUAAUGAAUGCCUAAAAUAUUAUGUAUAAGUUAAUAAAUUUGUUGAUUUUUUACUGAAUUUUUAACACAUAUUUUAUUGUAUUUAUUCUCUAGCUAGGUAGGAUCUAACUAAAUUACACAGGUAAAAGUUUUUAAAAAAAUGAGGCUGAGAUUAUAACUAUACUUUAAACUGAUGAUAAAUUUUAAAAUUUCAUGUUUAUUUAUACUUGUCUUUUUGUUGACCAACAAACCCUGUACUAACUAUAGCUAAGUCCACCAGUAAAGGAACCUAUUAUUGUGGUCAAAGCAAAUUUUUAUUUGUUUGAGAUUGUGUUGUAUAAUAAUGAUAUUGUGCCUCUGGAUUUAAUAACAGUUCUUUUCUGUAAAGAUCAGAAAGUCAAUCCAAACAUUUUGUCGUUUUUGUUUCCAUUCAUUUGCUUACCUUACAGCCAAUUGCAAAAGUUGUUAUUUUUAUUUUAACUUAAGAUAGAAAAAGUAUAAUGGGAAAUGAAGCUGUAAUGUCGACAAAUGAUGAUGCAUCUAGUUGCAAAAGAUAUGCUUCCGAAAAAGGUUAUUGGAAGGAUAACUUUAUUCAGCAUUUUGUGAAAACUGUACCUGAUCGCAAAACUCCCGAAAUUAAUCGUGGAUAUUAUAUUCGGCAUAAAGCUGUGCGUCAUUUAGUAAACGAAUUUCUAAAAGUGACAUCAUGUGACUGUCAAAUAGUUAAUAUCGGGGCUGGCUUCGAUACAUUAUAUUGGAAUUUGCAUGAAAGUGACAGCUUACCAAAACAUGGAAUUUAUGAAAUUGAUAUGAAAUAUAAUGUUCAGAAAAAGUGUAUGUUGAUUAAAACUAAGAGACAGCUAAAUUCUAUCCUUUCAAAUUACAGUAUUAAUGUAAGAGAUGCAGUUAUCACAUCAGAUCAAUAUCAUUUGAUGUCCGCUGAUGUCACAAACGUACCUGAACUUGAAAAAUGUCUUAUGCAAGCCGGAAUUAAAAAAGAAGUAUCAACAUUGUUUCUAGCAGAGUGUGUCUUUGUUUACCUUGACCCUACACACACUGAAAACUUGCUAAAAUUUAUCACAAAUGAGUUUUGCAAUGUUAUGAUUGUUGAUUAUGAUGCAGUAAACUUUAAUGAUCGGUUUGGUGAAGUAAUGAAACAGAAUUUACGAGGCAGGCAAUGUCAUUUGUUGGGAGCACAACCAGAUAUGCAAUCCAAAUUAAAAUGUUACCGCAAUUUUUCAAAUGUAGAAGCAAAACUUUUGUUUAAUGUUUAUAAUGAAGUAGCUGAAGAGGAAAAACAAAGAAUGGAAAAGUUGGAAUUUCUUGAUGAAAUAGAUUUGUUAUUUGAUCUGUUGAAACACUAUUGUAUAUGCUGGGCAUACAAUGAUUCAACAACUAUUGGCUUUGACAAAAUAUUGAUAUAAGAAUUCUGUACUUGGUUAAAUGAGCACCCCUGGGUGUCGUAGUUUUUUUAACAAUAAAGAGUGCAUAUUCUUUCAAAUGUAGUGUAUGAUUUUUUUUUUCUUGUUAAAUAAAGUUUUGCUAAAAGGUAUUAAUGCCACAGAGUUUUCC